UCCCGUUGCUGAAUAACCACUGGUUCCAUGCAACGUAAAAGCAUCAUACAAAAACACUUGUUAUAACGGUACCAAGGAAUUUGUAGGAGGUGCAUGCUGUUAAUCAGAUAAACAAACACAAACAAAAGAGGAAUAGAACGAACUAGGCACAGGGAGCCGUUUCAAAGGAAAAUUCAUCCUACUACUACUACUACUGUUAUUACUUCCUGUCCUAUGUGGAGGAUUACAAUUUCAGAAUCAGAAGACGCGAAAUGACUUCGUAUGAAAAUACAACGGAGAGUCUACAUGUAGUUCUUCCUGGCGAUAAUAUUCUUGAGUUUAAUCCAGAAAAGGACAGAGAUCGAAUCUUCAUUGGGCCAGGCCUUAGAUGGCAAGAUAAUGUUGUUCGAGCAACUAGACCUGGUGUCUUGAAAAAGAGUGACAAGCAGCUCUACUAUGUAGAUACACACCAGAAACGUUACAUUCCUCAAAAAAGAGAAUUUGUUAUUGGAAUAGUUUUGAAGAAGAAAGGAGAUAAUUAUAUAAUUGAUAUAGGAGGUAGUGAAUAUGCUACAAUUUCUUAUCUUUCCUUUGAAAAUGCUUCCAAGAAAACAAGAAAAGAGAUGAAACCUGGUGAUCUCCUUUAUGGACAGUUACUAGUAGCUAACAAAGAUAUGGAACCUGAAUUAGUAUGCAUUGAUGUGUACAAUCGUGCUGUAGGUAUGGGAACACUCCCAGAAGGGGGUGUAAUGUUUACUGUGCCUCUUCAUGUUGCAAGAAAGAUUGUAGAUCCUGAGAAUCCUUUUCUUCUCACCAUUGGGAAAAAGAUCAAUUACACUAUUGUUGUAGGAUUCAAUGGAAGAGUGUGGAUAAAAGCUAAGAGUCAAAGAGAGAAGGUUGCUAUUAUGAAUGCCUUUACACUUUUGGAAGUAAUGCCUCUCAAAGAGGCUGUCGAAAACUUAUUUAAGUUUCUUGAUUCAUUUUCACCUCACAGAAGAGAGGAAAUUUAAAGGUUAGAUUACUAUAGAUUCAUUUGGAAAGGAAGCGUUUUUUGAAGUUUUGUAUGUACAGCCCAAUUUUCAUAUUAUUUUUGUGGUACUGAUAUUGAAAAGACUACUCUGUGUUUUGUAUUUAUAUUUUGUACUUUAAUUCAUUAUAUAUAAUUCUUUGUUUCAUCACCAAAUAUUGUAGGAUUAUGAUGAUAUUUUAUUUUGUUGUCCAGUUUUAACAUUAGUAAAAAUGAAACAUCCA